AUGACAGAUUUAUCAGAGCACAGUCAUGACCAUACCAAUAAUAACAAGAGAGACGGAGUUGCAAUUUCAGAAAAUCGUCUCUUUCACCCCAAGAGGCCGAGAAGCGCUUUAGGCUCGACGGUUUUGGUCGAAGUUAAGCAUCUGGAUGUUCCUCUUACGUCUCCGUCCACCGGCUCUCCUGUCAAUUCCAUUCGCCUCCAUCCGGAUCGCCCUUACACGAUCGGCCGCAGCACCAACCGAUGCCACUUCGUCUUCGCCGAUCGCCGCGUUGGUAAGCAGCAUUGUCAGAUUAUAUUUGAUUCUCUCAAUCGAAAACUGUAUAUUGUUGACGGCACAUUGAUUUCGGGUCCUCAAUUUAGACCGGAAGAGUGUUGUAGUGUAGUUAAGGCUUCUUUGAAUGGGGUUUUUGUGAAUGGGAUUAGGGUUAGGGAAGACGUGGCGGUGGAGUUGUCACAUGGAGAUCAGGUCUCACUUACUUGUUCAACUGAAAAUUCUUGCUGUAAUCCGAUUCGGAUUGGGUUUGUUGUUGAUGAGAUUGUUUUUGAGGAUCAACUUGUUCAAGAUUUUAGUGACUCCCAAGGAUCUGUCUCUAUAUGUGCAUCGGGAUGUAAAAGGGUUUUUGCUUCCCGGGUAGACGGUUCUUCAUUUUCCCUCAUUGCAAGAGCAAAUUUUCUCUCGAGGGAGUGCAGGCGCAUUUUGCUUAGCGAUGAUCCUACAUCUUACAUUCGAAAAUGUGGUACAUAUUCUUUUAGCAAUGGAUCCAUAACAAGUAAUGUGAUUGGAUCUCCGGGUUUUGAUGUUGAUAGACUCCCUGUUAAGGGGGAAAAAUCAUUUUUAUGUCACACGUCAGACAUAGAUUGCAAUAUGGAAAGUAAAAUGCAGUCAACUUCAGUCAUGCAUCACUGUAAAAGAGUACUGGUUUCAGAGCCAAACGGUGAUUUAGCUCAUCUCCGUGUUCAUGGUGACCCUUUACAUCCGCAAGACAAUGAAGUCCCAGUUCCAUGCGAUUCUUCUGAGACCGAUGUUGCUGAUCGGAGUCUGGAGGCUUCUUCUUUCAAUAUUUUGAGCAGCGAUUACCCUCACAGGUUUGAUGGUGUUGUCAAGAAAAAAAAUUGGAAUAGCAAUGUUGGUUCACCGCCUGGCAAGAGAUUUUACCUGAAUCGCCUUCCGUUUAUGGGCCACAACUCUUCAAGUCAUCAUUCCGUUAUAUCCUUGCCGGAGCUUCUUUAUCCUGUCCAAAGUAUUUCACAAUUAUUUAUUGCAACAUUCACAAGUGACAUUUUGUGGUUUUUGUCAUCCUGUGAGAUUCCUAGCCAUCUGCCAGUAACAGUUGCUUGUCAUAAUACUGAGAGAUGUUGGAGUUCAAGUCCUGAUAAAAGAACAUCUUCACCUUAUCCAAAAUUUCCUAAUUUAAUUAUAGUGCAUCCCCCGUUUCCUGAGGUCAUAGCUUUCGGUAAAGACCGCGAAAGACAUGGCAUUGCUUGCCAUCAUCCAAAAUUAUUGGUUCUAAAAAGGGAUGAUAGUAUACGUGUCAUCAUUACCUCUGCAAAUUUAGUGGCAACACAGUGGAAUGAAGUGACCAAUACCAUCUGGUGGCAAGAUUUCCCUCGUAGAAGCGCACCUGAUUUUUUAUCCCUUUUUACUCAAUUUCACAAUGGGGAAACAAAUCAAGCCACAAAAACUGAUUUUGCUUCUCAACUGGCUGGUUUUAUGGCAUCUCUAUUAACUGAUGUACCUAGUCAGGCCCAGUGGAUUGCCGAGUUAGCAAAAUAUGAUUUUGGAGGGGCAACAGGACACUUGAUUGCUUCUGUUCCCGGAGUUCAUUCUUAUAAGACUCCCUAUAUAUUGGAAUCCAGGCACUUCGGGCGUGCUGAUCAUGGUGCACCAGGGUCAUUUGGUGCGAAAUUCCUUGGAUCAGUUGAAGCAUCUGUGGUUGGUCUAAGCUACCUCUUUCACAAUGCAAAAGACUCAAAUGGUGCAAAGCUUAAGAAGCUGGCUUCAUUCCUCAGGAAAUCAUGUGAAAAAGCUAAAGCGUUAUCAAUUGUUUUAACAAGAAACAGAAAUGUACCUGCAGAUGCAAAUGCAGUGAACAUUCUUGUUCCUGACUCCAAUAAUUUCUAUGAGGGAGAUUGUGUUCAACUUGGCUUCUUGCCUAGAAAUGUUGCAAAAUGGGUCUCUCCACUUUGGGAUAUUGGAUUAUUCAGCUUCUCUGGGUAUGUCUGUCCUAAAGAAGCCCUUGCUGCAGCUUUAGGAGGAAACAGCAAGAAAGUACAACUGAUACUGCAUGUGUCGCAGGGACCUAAGUUUGAGGAUAUAUCAAAGAUCAUGCAAUCUCAGCAUGUUAUUGCAUUGAGCUCUCUGAUUGCUGCAAUUCAAAGGUGUACAGGCCUCUGGCGACUACAGGAGGUUUUAGGUCAAUAUAAAUGGCCUGAAUCACUUGACUCUGAUUUUGUUUAUGGCGCAUCUUCUAUUGGGUCAAUCAAUGCAAAAUUUGUAGCUGCAUUUUCAGCAGCUGCAGGAAAAAGAUCAUCAGAAUUCGAGUCUGAAGAGUCUGAUCCAGAGUGGGGCUGUUGGAGUGCUAGUCAAGAAUCAAAAAGUCCGUCCAUUAGAAUACUUUUUCCAACCAUUGAUAGAGUGAAGAAUGCAUGUAAUGGAAUCUUUCCUUCAAAACGCAUUCUUUGCUUCUCCGAGAAAACAUGGCAAAGGCUCAGGACUUUAGACAUACUUCAUGAUGCAAUUCCUUAUCCCUAUGAUAGAGUAGGACAUCCAAUGCACAUCAAGGUGGCACGGAGACGCUUCCACUCAAGGACAGAUGCAUCUUCGUUUGGCUGGGUUUAUUGCGGUUCACACAAUUUCAGUGCAGCUGCCUGGGGACGACCAAUUAAUAGUCCAUUUGGUUUAAACAUGAAUGGACUAGGGAAUGCCAACUCUUCUUUGGGUCAAAUGCUUCAUAUUUGCAACUAUGAACUUGGGAUCAUUUUCACCUUUCCCCAAACGGAGACAGAUGGUAGUGCCCAAAAAAAAAGCAUAAACUUGGAUGAUAUUGUUUUGCCAUAUGUUGUGCCUGCUCCAAAAUAUGGCCCAGGAGACAGGCCAGCAACAAGGAAGGCUAUGAGGGAGGCAUUAGCUGAACUUACUGAGCAAGAGAGAGAAAGGCUUAUAGAAGCAGCUACAACCGAGGAAAUUAUGGAAGAGAAUCCAGAGCCAGACGAAGAUGAAGUAGUUGAGGCGACUGAUUACGUUGCAGAAGAGAAGGAAGAGGAGAAGGCUUAUGCUGAGAAACUUUGGAGCCAAGUAGACUCAUCCCAGAGCUGUUGA